AUGGCAUCGCAAACAACUUCGACUGGCACCAGCUCGCCCAAGAACUUCCACAUCUUCGGCAGUGGUAUCUCGUUCAGCAUUUCGCCGACCAUCCACAACGCGGGUUUCAAACACUAUUAUCUUCCACACGUCUAUGACAUUCGCGAAUCACCAAGCAUCGAUGAUGUAGCCGACCUCAUUCUCGACGAUAAGUUUGGCGGCGGGAGUGUGACAAUGCCUCAUAAGCUGCAAGUGCACAAGUUCUGCACCGACCAGACCGACACGGCCAAAUUGAUUGGAGCGAUAAACACACUAGUGGUUGAGGGAGAUGACAGGAAUCGCACAAUCACUGGUGACAACACCGACUGGUCAGGCCUGCACAGUAUCAUUGUCAACCACUCGACCAAGACAAACCAGCAGCCGAGCGUCGGGUUGGUCAUCGGUGCCGGAGGUGCAUCCAGAGCUGCAGUGUAUGCCAUGCACCGGGCAGGCAUUCAAAGCAUCUAUAUUGUCAACCGGACAGCUUCCAGGGCCGAGGUAGUGAAAAAGGAUUUCCAAUCGGCAUUUGAACUCAUCAUCCUUCCAAGCCUGAAAGAGAUACCUCGCAUGCCUGAAGUUAUUAUUGGAACUGUUCCAGCAUAUGUGACGACGGAAGAUCAAUUCAGCUCGAUCUUCGGGCCUCGUGGUCUUUGCAUCGAGAUGGCCUACAAGCCAAGACAAACGCCACUCCUGACCGUUGCUCAACGACACGAAGGUUGGCAGACUGUGACUGGCGUGGAGGUGCUUCUCGCCCAGGCUUUUGACCAAUUCAGGCUUUGGACUGGCCGUGAACCACCCAAAGAGAGGAUGAUGGAGGCCAUUGCUGAACAUGAGCGAGAGAAGGCAAGGAAGGAGAACGGCGGGAUCCUAUAG